AUGACUUUCAUCAUUGAGUAUAUUCGCAGUUUUUUCACCUCGAACGACAAGCAUACGUUGUUGUUCAGCGUUCCAGAAGAUCGACCCCUUCCCGCCAUCCCUGCCAGUAUUACAGAACGUCGAUUCUUCCAAACGCCCAGCGGCCCACUUGAGUUGCACGUAGCGCUUCCCUCGGAACGAACCAGCAAACCUCCCCUGCUAUUUGUUCAUGGCGGAUUUGGUUCUGCAGAAUGCUAUCAAAACUUCCUCCCAUUUUUCGCGGCGCAGGGAUAUUCUUGCUAUGCAGUUUCCCUGCGAGGUCAUGGGCACAGCUUUAAUCCGGGAUAUUGGGCGCUAUAUUUCACCCCGCGACAAGCAUUCCUUACAGACCUCGCUGCGGCUGUUCGGUAUGUGCGUGAAGAUAGCGGCGGUGCGGCCAAUCCUAUCGUUCUUGGCCACUCCUCAGGCGGGGGUUUGACACAGGAUCUAUGCCACCAAGGGCUUCCAGGACAAAUUCCGGGGGUUGUGUUGCUUGCUGCGAUUCCGGGAAAUGGGAGUUUCGGUGUGAACGCCAAUUGGUUGCAGCUUGACCGUUGGUUCCUUCCACGGUUUUUUUGGCAUUGGUUCCAUCCCCGAUCGCCGUUAUCGUCAACUGCGCUGGUGCAUCGUGCUUUCUUCUCUUCAGGUUGUUCGGUGGAUGUCGUCAAGAGAACGGAAAAGUCCAUGAGUGAAUUCGAGAGUAUGUCCUGGCCAAUGCUGAUGCAAUGGCAAUUUGUGGACCCGGCGAAAGUUAUCAAUGGAAUUUCGGGGGAAGGAUUGAAAGGUGGCAGGAAGAUGUUGAUCGUUGCAGCGGAUGAAGAUAAAUUGAUGGGGGUCAAAAUUGAAGCUGAUCUAGCAGCAUGGUACCGUGAAGCUAACCCAGAGAGGCGGUUGUCCGUGAUGCAGGGCAUCAUUAAUCAUUUCUUGUUGGACACGAAUUGGAGAGAAGGGGCUGAGAAAGUGUUGGAUUGGCUCGAAGGGAAGUAAGCAGUCGCUCCGCGUUCACGAUAUUUCAAACCCAGUGAAUCUAUGUAUGAUACUUGCUCUUGACCUUUUGAUAAUAAAAUAACCCCUGCUUU